AUGAACAAGCCCGGCGUGGACGUUGUGAUUCCAGUGAAGGUGUACUUUUCGGCUAUUGUUGGUAAGUUUGCAACGAUCAGUGGGGACCUGAUGCCGCUGGAAGAUAUUUGGACGGCGGAGAUGGUGGCUCAGAAGGAGUGGGAGACGUUUGAUGGUUUAACGAGACACUUGGAAGUUCCGUCUGGAUCGCUGCGAUGUACCUUUAAGCUGGAGCCGAUGGUUGUGGAGUUUGGAGACUCGCAGAUCACGUCCGAGAUGGUGGACUUGAUGAAGACGCUGGCGCUGGACGACGUUACGUUCUCACUUCGCCAAGAUCGGUUUACUGCCACACAGAAGUUCGGGGAGUUGAUGGGAUGCAUCUUCGACAGCGAGCGGCGUACUCGCGAGCUUACCUACACGAGCUACUACCCAGAUACGACUGUGGACGAGUCAUCUCCUUUACAAUUUGGGGCGAUUGAUCUGAAUUGCGACACCGGCAGCGACUUUGCGGCAAUGUGCUCGGCUCUAGUGAGUAACCAGACUACCAAGAAGAUUUCGAUGUACAUGCAAGUUAACCCAGACGAACACGCCGAGAGCCCACAAAAGUGGAAAUGGGUCGCUUACGCGUUCUUCUCCAAGCGAGCGCGUGAAUCUUCGGCGCUCGAGACAUUGGCACUCACCUCAAUUGACAGCCUAAGUAUGGCAGACGUCGAAGCCUUCGCGUCCAUCGUAGCUUCGGAUCACCCAGAAGAAGACCUUUUUGGUAGUCCGCGUGGCCAAAUUCCAGAAAGAGAUGCAACACUCAAGGAAGGAAGUCCGAUUUUCUGGCGGCUUACAGGCGAUGGCCAACUCAGCGAGGACUUCGACCCGCUCGUGUUCGACUCUCCUAUACGUUCGGUCCGUACUUUCAGCGAUGACGGAAGCAGUGGAUCAGUGGACGCAUUGGUUCCGGGUUUUGGCCGCUGUCUGGUCAAACGUAGUGAUCUCGAGUUUUCUGAAGACACAACGGCACCAACAUUUACUCAAGGCGGAGUUUUUUCACUAUUCCUGGGGUUUAGCGAGGAAGAGGAGACGGCGCCCACUGGAUUACCACUUCUCCUUGCUGAUGUUGGCCUUGCGGUUGACACCAACGCGAUUGUGGGUAGCUGCCCCAACUUGGAAGUGCUAGCUCUCUGCAAAGGUCAAGUCGAGAUCCGAUUCAACUUUGGUAGCUAUCAAGCGAGCAAACAGCCUCUUCCAGCGCUUGAAUGUGACUGGGAUAAUGUGGCAGAGCUACUGCAAAGGUUGAGUGAUGUCAGUUCACCGCUUGCUAAGUGUGCUCGACGUCUGCGGCUUCGCGUACUGCACCAAGUCUUCUGGGACGGAAUGGACCGCACAACUCGAGCGAUCAUACGUAUGCUAGAGGCGAACGACAAUCUCGAGUACCUCGACGUUGUUUUGCCGCCUGAUGUCGCUGUCGACACGGUCGAUUUGCGAAAACAUCACAGAACUCCGGUAAACCUAGCUCUUCGACUCUCGACAGCGUCUAAAGUUGCGUUUUUGAGCGUGUUUUCGCCCCCAGCCCCGUCCAAUCCUACGGGAAACAAACGAGAGCGCGCGGAUUCUGGACGUACCGCAGUGUCGUACAGGUUGGACGAACAUGUGCUGUCCAACAUACUCGCGUUUGCUGCUCCUCCUGUGCUCCGUCAAGUAUAUGCCCGCAGAGCGGGGGAGACUGGCGAAGUCAAUGGUUCGCAAGUACCCAUUUAA